AAGUUGUGGUAGUAUUUUUUUGUGCGUACGCAGUGAUAAAAGGUUCACUACUAAUUAGCCCAUUACCUUUCAGCUCCAAUGGCGAUUCCUCCGUCAUAUGUAGACCUUGGCAAAUCUGCCAGAGAUAUCUUCAAUAAAGGAUAUGGUUUUGGGUUGGUGAAACUGGAUGUGAAAACAAAAUCUGCAAGUGGAGUGGAAUUCACAACAUCUGGUUCGUCGAACACAGACACUGGAAAAGUGAAUGGGAGCUUGGAGACCAAAUACAAGUGGGCUGAGUAUGGGCUGACUUUCACAGAAAAAUGGAACACAGAUAACACUCUGGGAACAGAAAUUGCAAUUGAAGAUCAGAUUGCCAAAGGCUUGAAGUUGACAUUUGAUACAACUUUUUCACCAAAUACAGGAAAGAAAAGUGGUAAAAUUAAGUCAGCUUUUAAACGUGAAUGCCUAAACCUAGGUUGUGAUGUUGACUUUGAUUUUGCUGGACCUGCAAUCCAUGGUUCAGCUGUCUUCGGUUAUGAAGGCUGGCUUGCUGGUUAUCAGAUGACUUUUGAUAGUGCCAAAUCAAAAUUGACAAGAAAUAACUUCUCUGUGGGUUACAAGACUGGAGACUUCCAACUGCAUACUAAUGUCAAUGAUGGUUCAGAAUUUGGUGGGUCAAUUUACCAGAAAGUGAGUGACAGUCUUGAAACAGCUGUAAACCUGGCUUGGACAGCAGGUAGCAACAGUACUCGCUUUGGCAUUGCAGCUAAAUACAAGUUGGAUUCCACUGCUUCUAUCUCUGCAAAAGUGAACAAUUCUAGUCUAGUUGGAGUGGGUUACACCCAGACCCUGAGGCCAGGUGUGAAGCUUACACUGUCUGCCCUGAUAGAUGGAAAGAGCAUCAAUGCUGGUGGCCAUAAACUUGGUCUUGGCCUGGAACUGGAGGCUUAAAAAGGUGAAGAAACUGCUGCAGAGAAGGGAUAUCAGAAGAAUUUGGCCUUAAAAUGUAUUUCCAAUGUGACCAGCAGGCUUUUCUUUAUUUCCACACGCCCCCCCCAAGAAGGAUGACCUAGAACAAGAGCUGUAUUUGAAGUAUUUAGACAGUUACUUGUUAGCUGGUUUCUAGUUAAAUUGGUUACCCGUCUAGUUAAAAUUCUGCAUUAGUGCAGUCACUUAAACAUUAUUUAAAUGUAUUUAACUGUUUAAUGCGCUACCCACAAAUAAUGAAAUAGACAUUUAUGAAAACCGUACAAUUGUGUGCAUGUUUGUUUUUAUGUUCCUUUUAACGUUUGAUAUUGCCAUUGAAUGAAAAAUGGAUCAGCGGAUGUUUUUGAAAUGAGGUCAACAAUUUUGUUUAAUCACCUGAAGAAGAAAUACGUUUGGUAUCCCAAGACAAAUUAUGAAUAAAAUGAGUACACACACAUA